AUGGGAGUGAUGAGGCUGGAGAAGGCGGUUGGAGAAGGCGGUUGGAGAAGGCGGUUGGAGAAGGCGGGUGGAGAAGGCGGUUGGAGAAGGCGGGUGGAGAAGGCGGUUGGAGAAGGCGGUUGGAGAAGGCGGGUGGAGAAGGCGGUUGGAGAAGGCGGUUGGAGAAGGCGGUUGGAGAAGGCGGGUGGAGAAGGCGGUUGGAGAAAGCGGUUGGAGAAGGCGGGUGGAGAAGGCGGUUGGAGAAGGCGGUUGGAGAAGGCGGUUGGAGAAGUAAAAGGCGGUUGGAGAAGGCGGUUGGAGAAGGCGGUUGGAGAAGGCGGUUGGAGAAGGCGGUUGGAGAAGGCGGUUGGAGAAGGCGGUUGGAGAAGGCGGUUGGAGAGGGCGGUUGGAGAAGGCGGUUGA